AUGAUUAUUUAUAUGAUUCAAAUAAUAUUUCCACAACUUAAUAAUCAUUUUUAUGAAGAUAAAAAUCCCGACUAUGCAAAACCCAUAAAGUUUUAUAUUGAUGAAGCCUUGAAACUUUUAUAGAAACCAAUUCCAAUAGAAACUAGAUUCAGUUUAAAGAUCAAUAAUGAAGAAAAGGAUAUCACUUAUGAUUUAUCAAGCUUACUAAUAAAUACAUCUUCAAGAAUUACAAUACUUCUAGAUGCUUCGAUUAAAAUUACAAUCAUAUUCGAAACCAAAGAAGAACAAAUAACUCUUGAUUAUAAUACCUUUGAUAAUUUAUUUUUGUUAGAAAUGCAACUAAAAACAACUUAUAAUUUAUCACCCUAUUCGUUGAAUUUCUUUCAUAAACAAAAUAAACUGCCAAAAGAAAAAACCCUCAUUGAUUUAUCCAUAUUAAAUGAUAGUGUAAUUAAUUGUGAAAUAAUUGGGACUUAUUUAAUCAAAUAUGAGGUUGAAACAUCCAUAGAGAUCAAUAUAUACUCAACAAUGGAUUAAGUAUAUCAAUAAGUAUAAUAAUUUUUCAAUCUUUAACAGGAAUUUCAACUCUAUUUUUAAGAAACAUUAUUAAAAAAAAAAACAUUGGAUAGAGAACUAUUUUUUUAUGAAACCUAAAUAAAACCUUAUUGUGAAAUUAAAUUGAAAAUAACUUCAAAGGUUGCUAUGUACAUUUACAUAGAAACCAUUAAGAAGUUCGAUUGUUAUUUGGUUUCUCAAGACUUGAAGUUUAAGGAUUUGAAAAAUUAUUUGAUUGGAUAAUGUCAAAUAGAUGAGCAUUGUUCAUAUUAAUUUAUUGUUGAAAAUUAGAUUUUAUUUGAUGAUUAAUUUAUCUCUCAUUUAUCAAAACAGUAAUUGAGCAAAGUCUUUACUUUAAAAGCAGUAGAUGAGAGUAUUAAAUUUUAUAUUUGCGAAAAAGAGUUAGAGUGUUUUAAAAUAAUCGUAGAAAUGAAUUAAAAUAAUCAAAUAUAGGAUUUAGAAAAUAUAAAAUAGUUGAUGGGAUAAUAAUGUCAAUUUUAUUUUAAAAAUUAGCUUCUAAAUAAGUAGGAUACAUUCUAAUAAAUUAAUUUAAAUAAUAAAGAUAUUAUCUGUUAUGAAGUUCAAUCAGCUUAUAAUUGA